UGGUUGUCAGACAGCUCAGCUGGGAUCAGUGGACCCCUCCAACACUCUUGGGGACAGUCAAGUAGCUCCAGCUCUAGCCCAGAGACCAGGAAAGAGCUCAGGGUCUCCAGGUUGUGCUCCUGAGAGGAGGAUGCUCUGCGGUUCCCCCAUCCACUGCACUCUGCUGGCUUUUGUCAUUUACAGUUUAGUUUUCCAAGGUCAUCAGGGGCACUCAGAUCCAUUCCAAGUCACUGGACCCCCUGACCCCAUCACCGUGGCCAAGGGUGAGAACGUGGUGCUGCCCUGCGGCUUCUCCCCAGAGCAGGAUGCACAGGACACGGAGGUGAUCUGGUUUCGGGAGCAGUUCUCGCCCUUUGUGCAUCGCUUCAAGGAGGGCCAGGACCAGUAUGGGGAGCAGAUGCUUCAGUACCAAGGGCGCACUGAGCUGCGGAAGGACGGCCUUGCCAAGGGCAGCGCAGACUUGAAGAUUUUCCAUGUCCAACCAUCUGACACAGGGACUUUCACCUGCUUUGUUCGCCGUGGCUCAGAUUAUGACGAGGCUCAGGUGGAGCUCAAGGUGACAGGUCUGUAGUUUGUGUCCCUGGUACCUCUGAUUUACUUGCUCAUGGUCAGUGCUCUUGUUCCCUGUCCUUGUGCCCAGAAACAGUUUCAGGGGGUUGCUUUGGAAAUAGGGUGUUAUUAAGUCCCACUGUUGAAAAUACCAGGAAUGUUUCAUGGAGUUAGAACUGCCCACCGAGCAGCCAUAAGGAGCUCGUAAGGUGCUUCCUCCUUUGUCGCGGUCGAGGCGGGGAGGCGACAUGGGUUUCAGGAUACCAGCAGCUUUUUUAUUGCAACAGUAUAGCUACCUUUAUACAGUUCUGGGGUGACACAUGUACACACAGCAUUGGUUUACCACUUCAUAACAACUCAUGAUUGGACAUACAGCCACAUGUCCUAACACAAUAGGCUAACAUUCCUCACAGGAAACCCACUGUGUCACAGUCCCCACUGUCCGUGGUUAACUCUCUGCCAGGUGUAAGAAGUUCCAUCUUCAGGAUUUCAGUAUACUGAGAGCCCAGAACCAGCUGGGCUCCCCAACAAUUCCCCCUCUUUUGUAUUAUAGAAAAUUGCCAGCAUCAGCUAAUACAGGGCCCUUGCACUAGUGACAUGGCAAUAGCAAUAAUACAAUACAAUUACACACAUAGGCAAAGAAUUAACCAGUCCUCCUUUCAUCAGUCCACAAGAAUGUAUUCCUUCUUCUCAGUGCUGAAUGUCUAUCAAUGAGUUGUCCAUGUAGUUGUGCGUGUACAACAGGCAGGUAGAAAGCAGACUGUUGGAGGAUAAGAAUAUUGCUCCUCAAAAGCUAGCUGAACAAACAAGUAUCCUCCCCCCUCCUUUUUUUUUCCUUUUUUCUUUUUUUUUUUAAUUUUUUUUCUAUUUUUCUCUUUUUCUCUUUUUUUUUCUUUUUUCUAUUUUUUCUAUUUUUUUUUUAUUUGUAGUUUUUGACUUCUUAAAGUCUUUCAGUGCUUCAAAAAGCAGGUGUCAGGAAGUUAAUAACUCCAUGACUUUCCUGAAAGCAACUUUAGAAGUCCUGGUACCCGUGAUCUCUGCUCCAAAUUAGCAUUUUUGCAGGAGCAGGGCACCUAGCUUGAUUCCAUGUUUCUCUUUAGCAGUAACUGCCACUCGGGACGACAGAGUCAUCCUCUUUAGAUAACAUGGAACUUAUUAUACUCCGGUGGUUCACCUGUUCUAGACAGGUGUCUCCAAAAGAUCUGGGCUGGCCCCCUGCGACUUUUUUGUCGCUUUUAAAACUACACCGGAGUUCCCGCCUCCAACAGCUCUCUCGGAGCUGUCUCUCUCCGUCCUUGUUCAGGACGUGAAAACCUUCUAGAUUGCUUCAGGAGGUAUUAAAAUAAGUUACAAGCAGAGCAAUAAUAAAGCGAAGCUGAACGGUAGCUGAAAUGUUGCCUUUGAGCAGCUCAGAGCUGAUAAACGCUGGUUGCCAGGAUACGAAGAAUUCGCAACAUGCCGAGCCACGUGGAGGAGGGGGGCAAGCAGCGGUUUGCUUGCCAGGCGGCUGCAGGAGUUACAAAGCCGGGUCCGCUUGGAACAAACAGCACUGCUGAGUCAGGGCACAUUCAGGGCACGGCCUCAGCUACUCCACGCACAGUCAGGGGCGUCCGGUGAUAGCGGGGGGAUGCGAACCGGGCACGGAGCGGGCUGGGGCGCUGCGCACAGCCGAGAUGUCAGGAG